AUGUCUAUUGUCAGUCAGGUACUGCGGCCGCUGCUCCUUCAUUGGAAGCUUAUUUUCCGCCUAAAUGGCUCGAAAGCAGGAAAGAAGAGGUAAUUUCUCUAUGUUUCUUCCCAAUUUCAUACUUUAUAUAGAAAAAUCGAAUUUUUAUUAUGUUUCAAUCGCGAGACUUCGAUUCAGCAGCUCUUUCAUCUGCAAGAUAACCUUCCUUUGUCUCGGAAAUAUGUAUUUCAACGACAAAAAUAAACACCAAAUAGUUUUCUCCCGAUUUUAUUUCGGACGUUGUGAAACAAAAAGACCAAAAAUUUUUUUAGUUUUAUUUUUUUAGACUUUUAUUCAAUCAAACAUUUUUGCAAAAUGUUUGAUUGAAUAAUUUUGUUCAUUUUGUAACAAAUAAAAAUCUAAUCUAAAAAAACCAUAACAUCUCCUUUAACUUAAAGCUUUAAGAAAACCAGAAAUAAGCAAAAAUAGACAUAUCAAAAAAAUUUAACUUAAAGCUUUAAGAAAACCAGAAAUAAGCAAAAUAGACAUAUCAAAAAAAACAUGUAAAGUUAGCUACAUUUUAAGAAAAGAAUGAAAAAUAGAUAGAGGCAAGAAAUGAACAGUUUCUUUUGAAGGAAAGAUCAAGAGAGAAAUUUAAAAAACGUGUUGAUUAAAAAUACAAGAGACGAUCAAAAGAUUAGACGUAUAUAUGAAAAUGAUGGCGAUGGGGGUUAGGACAAUCAGAAAAACAGAAAAAAGUUGUGGGGAAAUUAGAAGUUAUAAUCGCCCACGACCAAAAAUUACACGUUAUCUUGCUUUUUGUUUCGUUUUUUUUUUAAAAUUCAGUCCCUCAUCAUGAUCAUGAAAAGCAUUUGCAAACAUGUUAGUGAGAAAAGACCUCUUCAAAUAUCUAUCUUUUUUAUUGCCAUUUUACUGCAAAUAUUUCAGCUCUAACUGGGCCUAGAAAGCAAACGAUUUGAUUCAUACUAUUUGUUUCUAAUCAAUCAGACUGAAGAUUUGAAUUUCCUCAUUUGCAAAGCGCGGAGGCGGGGAACACCUGCACAAUCAUCUGUACCUGGUCGACCGGCCGCUUAUCACCUGCUUUGCUCCGCCCAUUUCCUUCCUGCGAGCAUCUCCUUUUAAGUACACCUCUCAUGCUUCUUUCAGUAAUCAAAUUUUCAACUGAAAACUAUCGAACUUCUCGGUAACCAAUCUUCCAAAUUUGAACAAUACUCUUUCUGAACAGCAUUUUUCUGCAAGGUCUGUAAGCGCACGAUUUUAUCCUUUUCAAUGAUAAUAUCCAAUGAUCGUUUUCACCUUCUUCCUGUUCACAUGCGUUCCUAACUGAGCCCUGGUGACCCGCCUGCCGUUAAAACUCUUUCGUGGGGGUAUAGCUCAGUGGUAGAGCGCUCGCUUCGCAUGUGAGAAGUCCGGGGUUCAAUCCCCCGUACCUCCAAUAUUUUGCCUUUGUUUUUCUUUUAUGUAGUCAAAAACACAUGUUUCAGCAAGAAAAUGGCAUCAAUGACGUUUUACCGGAGUCAGUUCGACGUUGAGAAGCUGGAGAGCGACAAAAGUAUCCAUCAUCUGAAAUUUCUGUCAAACUUCUACAUGACCAUCAUUGAAGUUAGUGUUCUUAUUUGACCAAAUGAGCAGUAGUUUUUUUCUCAGUAUUAAAAAAAAGCUGUUUGAUUUCAAAAUAAAUAUGCUUAGAGAAGUUUGCCUUUGGCAGAAGCGUUCGCCGCUUUCGCGCCUGUAGUUGGGCAAAUAAAAACAGACGUAUAGUAAAAUAUGAUGUGAAUACGGCCGUUCCAAGGCAGUUUUCUUUUUUUUCUUGAAGGGAUAUUUCACAUUUGCAACUUCGGUUUUUUGUGAUUCCUGAUCUAAUUAUUUUUGAUUGUGUAUGAGAGAAAUUCCAGCAUCCUAUGAUUCCCAGAAAUUCAUGAUUUUCAGGCGAAACAAGUCCAAAUGAACUCAGCUGAGAAAAGGUUUUUGAGGGACCGCGGAGACAUGGAAGCCUACGACGAAUGGACCGGAAACAAGAUGAAGGUGAAGAAUUGGAGAUGCUCGAGAAACUUUGAGCUUUUUGAAGAUUUGCGAGCUGUACGAGUGUUGGCUCCGGGAGCUUUCCGCCUGCCAGGUGCCGACGUUCGACGACGUCGCACGAACCAUGCACGCCAUGAUGCUCAGCGACUGCUUCUGGUUCCUCGCCAAGAUCCACAGACCUCGUUAGUUAUUCCCUCGUUUUGAGCAGGCAUCUGCAGCAAUACUACUCUGGCAAUUAGCCUUAUGAAACAAAAUCCCGAGAAACUGCCAGAAAAAUUCUAUAGAGUCACAAGUUUCGAGUAGCUUUGAAAAGUUUCUGAAAAGUUUCUGAAAAUUUUUUGAAAAAUUUUUUGAAAAUUCUCUACAUUCACUUCGCGACCACGAGACGUUAGGAUAUUUUUGGGGUAUUUAGUAUUUUCUUGUAGUGAAAACUUGUACAGACAUCGAAAUCGAAGAUUUCGAAAUUCCUACGUACAAACGAAUAAAUUCAGAGUUCGACGGGAAGACGUCGAACUACGCGAGGGCUUGCGAGACCCUCGAGAGUAUUUUUCCGACGCUCCGCGACACUCUGCAUCCGAGCAAUGCGUUCUAUGCGCACGUCGUACGCAAGUACGCGAGACUCGUCGAAGACUACCGCAAGGCCCUCGGCGAAUAGUCUGUUUUUUUCGUACAGUGAAAAGAAAGUCUGGGGUAUCUCGUCUCAAGCUUAAAACAAUCAACAAAGUUCUCAAAAAUUGAAGCAAUAUUGCUCAAAUGAUGGAGAACUGCAAGUCAGAUUAGAUUGAGGUACAAUUUUCAAUUUCAGUUAUUGAUUCCUUUUUGAAUUAAAUGUUCUAAGGCGGAAAAAAUCUUAUUUCAAACUUGGGAAUUGUCCGAAAAUGCUUAAAAUCUCUCCUGAAUUUGCUAGAUAUACAUUAUCGGAGCCUUUUUUCUUGCUCGUUUAUACUGUCUGGACAAGCUGGGCGCUCAACUGUUCCAACAUGGUGAAGCAGUUUAUUGGCUUGUACUAACAACGGGUCCACAUUAUUUCCCAAAUGUCACGCCGGGACUUAUUGGACAACGAUUGUGGACCGUAACCCGCGCCGACGACAAACUCUUCGAUUUUACCAUGAUUCAGCAGAGAUUUUCUUCAUCUUACUCUGACGACUGAAUAAAUUGAAUUGAAUUGAAUUGAAUUAUACUGUCUGGAACUAUGAGACUACUGUUCUCGAAAGCUCAGAAGUUUUCUCAGUAUAAGACUUUCAGAAAAAUCUUAUUGCAUCCAGGUUUAGCUGAAAUUUUGAUUUUCUGUGAGUCGAAUUAGCUUUGUAGGUAAACUUUCUAACUCAUUGAAGUGUUUCUGUAUAUUAAAUAUUGGCACUGAGAAGAAAUUCUGCAGCACGCUGAACGGCUCGAGUCGCCACGUACCAGCUCAUAUGACGUCAUGGGACAUCUACAAGUGUCGGGAGGCAAGUCGCACCUGCUUCCAGCACCUGUCCAUUCUUCGCGGCGAGUUUUUCUUUUCGAAUAAAAAAAAAUUCAUGUAUAUUGAAAGUGGCAAAAGAUUCCUGGGGCAGCUACUUUGCAUCUUUUUUUCAAUCUGGCCUGCUUCUUGUCCUGAGCUUUUCUAGCAUUGGCUUCUACACUUCCAAAUAUCAACCUUUUUUGAACUUUAGCCAAAUAAGGAGUUGAAAAGAUGCAAAAAGGUCUUUCUUAUAGCCGUUUGAAGAUGCUUCUUUAAAGACUAUUUCUGAAUUGUCUGUGAAUAUUAAAAUUCACUAGAAAAUGAUGGAUAUUACGACUAACAGUAAGAAAUAUUAAGAGAAAAAGUGCAAAAAUGAACAAAGAAUUUUUUUCUAGUAGAAAGACAGAACAAGACUUCAUUCGAUCGUACUAUCAAUUUUUUUUAGCUGUUUCACUGAAACUCAUUUCUUAACAGCCUGUCACCCAAAUAGUUUUAGGUUUGAGCCGAAAUCAACAGCGAAGGCUUUGGAAGACCAGUUUUUUUGUGUGGAUACUCGCUCAGAAAUGAUUUUUUAAAAAAAAAAUGAAAAGUCAACUUCCCAGAAAACUUUAACAACUGAGUUCAUUGGUGAAAAUUAUUGGCCUUAAAUUUCCGAUAAUCAAGUAUAUUAGUUCUUUUUUUCAAUACUAACUGAUUUCAGGCGUCGAGACUUCAGAAACCCUGAGAGACUUAAAAAAGAUGCCGUACCACGAAACGCACGUCUUUCGAUUCUCCAGAAUAAGUCUCAACUCUGCGAAUUGA